AUGGGUGGCAGCCUCUUCACCAUCGACGGUGAGCCAUGCCGCCGACAACAUGCGAAAGCCAAGAGCAUGCUCAGCAGCCCGCGGAUCGUUGCCAGUAUGGCGGCCUACCUCUGUGGCAAGGUGGAGAACAACCUCCUCCCUUUGUUCACCCGCAUGGCGAUCGCCGACACUUCAUUCGACAUGCAAGAAUUGAUGUCGAGGCUUAUGUUUGACCUGGCUGCUACGCCUCUCUUCGGUGUGGAUCCAGGGCUCCUAUCCUCAGACAUGCCACCCAUGGACGCAGCGGUUGCCCUGGACAUGGUGAUGGAGGUGGGAUUUUUUAGGCUCAUGAUGCCAGCUUCUUGUUGGAAGUCGAUGAGGUGGCUAAAUAUCGGCCCUGAGAGAAAGCUUGACACGGCACGCAUGGUGCUACGAGAGCUCGUCCGGGAGAUGAUGGAGAAGAGGAAGAUCACCACAUGUCAUUUUGGACAUGGCAAGGAACAAGAGAGUGUGGAUAUUAUUUCUUCCUUCCUCGAAGACCCAGACUACGCCAAUGUUGACUUGCUCCAUGCGGUGAUCAUUAGCUACAUGCUCGCUGCGAGGGACACAAUUGCCACAACCCUAACAUGGAUCUUCUACAACCUUGCCCAAAACCCUAACAUCGUGUCAAUCAUCCGCAACGAACUUUCACCCAUUGCAUCACGCAAAGUAGCGGUAGGAGUGUGUACCCCAGUGAUCUUUGAGCCAGAAGAGACCAAAUCUCUAGUAUAUUUGACAGCCACCUUGUACGAGACUCUCAGGCUGUACCCACCAGCGCCUGUCUUGCGCAAGACGGUGGCCGUAGAUGACAUCAUGCCGAGUGGCCAUGAGGUGCAUGCCGGUGACACCAUUUUUAUUUCUGUCCACUCCAUGGGGAGAAUGGAGGCUGUGUGGGGUAAAGACUGCCUCGACUAUAACCCACAUAGGUGGCUCUCGGAUGAUGGCAACAACCUGAGAUAUGUACCAUCUCACAAAUUCUUGGCAUUCAACUCAGGCCCGAGAAUGUGCCUCGGCAAGGACAUUGCAGUUAUGCAAAUGAACACUGUCAUUGCUACAACGGUGUGGAACUUCGAUGUGCAACUGGUGAAAGGGCAGAGGAUACAGCCCAAGCCGUCCAUUAUACUGGAGAUGGAAAAUGGGCUCAUUGUUAAGUUGAAGAAGCGAGAAAUGUAA